AGUCGAGACGUUAGUACAGUAGUAUUGGCAUACUGUCUCAGAACUUGUGCUUGAAUCCUUUGUUCAAAUGCCGAAAUGAUGCUAAAACAUUUUUUUGACCCACAGACCCACAACCAUGUUAGCCAAAUCCAAGCCGAGAACACCCUAAGGACGUACGCGGGCGAACAAGAAUACCUUGAAGUUGUGGCGCCAUCUCUUGAAGGACAAUAGUAGAGUUCCUUGGAAUCAACUCUCUGAUACGCCCCGCCGUAAAAGAAAUUGCCCUCAACACCAUGACCAGCACCAUGGCUGCUUUGGAUGGCACCGGCGAGAAAUUGGAUACGACGUUUUCUCUCAGGGCUGCAUCUAUACCCCCCGGCGGGUCGGGCCAUUCGUUCCACGUUCAAGAUCCUAAGACUGCUAAACGAAUCCAUACGGAGAAGCGUGAGUGCUCCCAUAAUUCGGAAUACGUUCAAAAAGAAUCUUCGCCCCCUUCAAGGAAGCGACCUCUUGAAGAAUUGAAACUAGAUGCCGAUUCCUCACAUAAACCCGAUGGCAUUACGCAAGAAUCCAAACACGCUGCGGCUGUCGAUGGAGAGUCGUCAAGCCUUGGUGCUGAUGAUGCCAGACCUGCCAAGCGUACUCGUCUCGGAGAGACUGCAUCUUUGGAUAAUCCAGAGGAAUGCAACGCUAGAGUCUUGCUGUUGCCGAUCGAAUUGCUUGAUCUCAUCCUCGAGCAAUUAUGGGAGCGUCCUAACAUCAAGUGCCUUUACUCUGACACCCUUUGGGCCUGUGCCAGAACUUGCUCGAGAUGGUAUGCUGCCGCUCGACCACAUAUCUUUCGUUCCAUUUCCAUCGAGAAUGAAAAGAGUCUCCAUAAGCUCGCGAAGCUGGUCCGCGGGGAUUCUAAUAUCGCCUCAUGGAUGCACAAAGUAUGCAUUAAUGGCGGUUCAUUAAAGGAUGAAGACUUUCCAGAACGAUUGAAGGGAGUCGAGAAGGAUCAGGAUUGCUGGAUAUACCAAUUUCCCUCCGUGUUUGAUGUCACUCCACUGAACAUCAAAAUUGUUGAGCUCAUGCAUUUCGCGCAUCUCAGUCCACGCCGCGAAGACCAAGAAGCCUUUGCUCGCUGGAUCCCCCAUCUAUCAGAACUACAGUCAGUCCAACAUCUACACUUGUUCCGUUGCCAGAUGAGCUCGAAUGCCAUGGCUGCUGUGGUUCGUGCUCUUCCAAGGCUCUCCACGGUUUUCUUUUGUGAAUCCGAUUUUACUGCGCCAAACAUAACGUGUCUCUGUGACGAAUCGUCUGGCGAGGACCAUGCAUCUCCCGCUGCACUUAUUGAGUCCUCUGUGACACCAGAACCCGCGCGUCCUCCUGAAACGAAGUCUGCACUCGCUCCUGUUGAAUCUGUACCGAACUCGUCGGUGGUUAGUAGCCACACCUCUCACGAUGAUCCCGAGGCACCAGUACAGAUUCCUUUGAUUAACCCCUCGCCAGCACUGCAGUUCUUUGCCAUGGGUAAUGAUGAAACAUUGUAUCCGUAUUUCGAGUUUGGAACCUUACGCAACAUGCUGGAGCCAAAGGUGCUAUCUCGAAGCCUCAAGUCCUUGCAUCUCGGUAAUGAGUAUGAGCAGAUCUCUCUGAGCGAGUUUCUCGCUGAUCUUGGUCCCGCGCCUGCAUUGGAGUACCUGAAGAUAUAUAUCGUCGAUGACCUUGAAUCCACCAUUGAAGUUGGAAAGCAAGUCUCUAACCUACGAAACCUCAAGACCCUGCAAUUACGGACUCCCCUUCUCGACCAUGACCAAUCCGACAUCGUUCGCCAAUUCCUUACCUUCCUUGACUCGCCUCACCUUAAAACCCUGACUAUCACUGUGCCGACGCAAGAUCCCGUAGGAAAUCCGAAAGUGCUCGAUGAGUAUCUUGCUAGCGACAAGUUCAAGGAUCUUAACAAAUUCUCCAUCGAAUUCAUGGAUGAUCUGCGACUCUAUGGGACACAGGAUGAAAUGGAGGCUGCAGCCCAAGCGAUGUUUCCGCUGAUGGCGAAGAGGGGGAUCUUGUGUGUUGAGGACUGCGAGACGUUGUAUCCAUAUUGGACAUACUUUUGAGAAGGUUUUUUCCAUUUGAGUUGACUGCUAAGCAGUCCGUGUUAAGUCUCCAAUCGAUUCCGAGAUUCAAGUCAUUUUCGACUUUACUAAGAUCUAUAUGGCCAUUCUUCGUUUUCAUUCAGGUUUCUUUAGACUGCGGUCUCGGUACAUACAUAACAGUCUAGCAUAAUCGGCGCAUGCCGUAUAGAUAACAGCGGCGGUGAGCAGGUAAUCAUAAUGAGUGAAGGAUUAGGAAGGGCGGAAGAAUGAUGGUACAUAGACGUUGAAGGACUCUGGGUUCAAGAUGAGACGCGAGGUCGAAGACAAGAGAUAACUUCUGUCCAAGGAGCGAUCACAGCCAACACUAUACGGGGGGCUUCUUGUGAAGCUCAGUGUUCAGUCGUAUGUCUUCAUCCUCUGGCUCGGCCUUCAUGAUUUUGAGUGCUCCUGGAAACGGGAGGGACCAGGUAUCCCUCUAGUGGGGCUUGUUAGUUUGUUCCUCCAUGCGGUUGCGGAAUGCUUAGUAUCUUUUCUCUUGAGGUUGCCGCCAAAUAAUUCCGCCGAUUGGAGAUCCUUCGAAGCCUCCUCCCGGUCAGUGACCCAAGGAUCCACUGAGCCCUUCGUACCUGCAAAUCCAUGUUUAAUCUUUCGAUGGUGCAUCAAGCCGUUGGAUUUGCCAGUGUAGAAACGGCACAAGGCUUUCUUUCCCCUGCCACGCGUGAGCACGUGAGGACAGCUUUGUUUCCUGCUGUUCGUGCUAUAUCAUAACGUCUCAGCACUCGUAUCACACUAUAUAAAAUAACCUACUGUGACGC